UCUUUAAAAACAAUAAAAAACUUAAACAUUAAUUUUGACAGUUCAUAAAUUCUCGGCUAAGCAACAGCAUAGCAACGCCACUGUCCAAUAGAAUGCCUGGACAAUGUUGCUGGUAGAACGUCGCGUGGGCGUUCCUCUGCCAAUAAAACACAGCGCUGAAGAUGAUUGGCUGAAUCCGAGAAUCCAAAUUCUUCCCCUGCAGUCAAUGGGAUCUGAGGAAACAGUCCCGCGGGCGAGCACGCGGUGUGGGAGUUCUCCUGUCACCGUACACUGACAGAGCUGGAGGAUCAGCUGGGACUAGCCAGCACCUGAAGCCUAUCAUCAGCCAUCAGACAGCUAUGAAAAUCAAGGAGAAGACCUGCAGGAAAAGGAGAGAGAGCUAUGACUGGAACUCAGGCUGGAACAGUAGCCUGAAAGAGAUUGGUUAUCUGCUACCCAUUUCUGGAACAGGCAGCGGCAAGGGUCUUACUAGGAAAGAGACAUUGAUUCACAUGCUGCAGUACUUUGGAUUUCUUCAAAGUCAAAUUCAGAUAUUACAGAGCAGCCUCCCUGCCCACUGCCUGCCAGACGUCACUGAAAGAGAAGAGUCUGAGUCAGAGAGUGAAGACACCCCUAACUCAGAGCCCAGCACACCUCCACACUUACUGAAGGCGAAGCGCAAAUAUAACUUCACUCGCUCACGCAAGAAACCCACAUCAAACCAAGAACCCUGUGAUGACAGAGAUCCAAGCCGUCGUCAAGAUGAUCUCGAUAGAAAUUUCACAGUUAGCAAGAACCAAGAGAAUCCCCCCACAUGCAGAGCUGAGAAAAGCUUGUGUUUUAUUGAGGACAGCAACAGCAACACACAGAUAGAUUCUUCUGAUUCCACCUACAGUCUCAAAACACUACCGCCAACAGCUUCCUCCUCCAGAACAGGAAGCAGUGUGGAUCAGGAAUCACCUUGUCAAGGACUUGGAAGCUGCUGCUCCGUCUGUGAGGAGAGGACAGGAAGUGAGGAUGGGAGCCUGGGAAGCAAGGAUCUUGAUACUCCACCUUCAGGGUCCUUCAUUCUGAAAGACAGGAUGUUAAUAACCAUUCCUAAUUUGGGGAACGGAGAGUUGCCCGCUAGCCCCACACUCCCACAGAUGCCUGUGCUGCCACUUUUCUCACGGCUGGGAACAGGGGAGGGUCUAAACCUCAGCCCCUCUCUGCUCACAUCUCCAGCUCGAGGCCUCAGUCACCCACUGCUGCCCACCAGAAACCAGGAGCUACAGACGUUAUUUGAAGACGUAUGGGUCACUCCUAAACCUACUGUUCUCAAAGCAUCCAGUGGUGCAAGCAAACCUCCAGAUAAUGUGCAUUGCCGCCAGUGUGGCAGUAGAGGCUGUGUUUCUUCUCCCUGUGAUGAAGAUGAUAUGAGGUUGACCCCGAAGCAAUGCAUCCCUAAGAAGACAGCAAGCCAAAUCUUUGACAAGAAGUUCUACAGCAAGAGCCAGAAAGUGAUAAACUCUGGCCUGAAGAAGAAAUGUGUGAAUGGAUUUAUUAUGUUCUGCCGAAUGAACCGUCGAAUAUAUCUCAGAACACAUCCGGGCACUCCUUCUACUGUGGUUACUAAAGAGCUGGCCAAACUGUGGCACAUAAUGCCUAAGCAGGAGAGACGCCUGUACUGCCUGAAAGCCAGACGCUACAGUCGGCAGCACAACCGUAACGUGUGCAGUGAGGGCCAGGAGGCAGAAAGGGAAGCGGAGAAGUGUGUCCCGAGUCCCCUGCACUUGUUAUUGGCACACAGAGAUCUGUAUUUUGCCUCCAGGGGAAAGUCCUGAAACAACCUGUACUUUACUCUUACGCCACAGAUGUACCACACCCAGUUCUUAUGGUAUUAUCUCUGUUAUUAUUAUAUACCAUUAUUAUAUAACUAUCUUGGGUAUUCAGGAAAAUAUGUAAAAUCAAAAGCAAUCCUAACCACGGCUGUAGAUUCUUUAAAUAAACACACUGAAAUGUAAAGGCAAUAAUUAUUAUAGUGAGUAUAGUAAGUAUAUGGAACCAUUUAACAUUUUCCAAAAGACUUUAUUUUAAGCCAUUUUUACUAUGAUAAUUACAAAUAAUUUAUUGCAAUUCCGAUCUGGAUUGAGGUCUUUGCAGGAUUGAUAUUCCACACAGAUUUUAUUUAGAGAUUAAAAGUGUAUUGAGACACUAUGGGUCAGAUUCAUGGACAGAAGUUAAGCCUAGUUCUAGACCAUAUUUACCUUUUAGAUGAAAAAUUUCCAGCCUAAAAAAGCAUAGUUUGUUCAAAAAGUCUGAGCCCACAUAGAAAAUGUGGAUUAUUAACAAAAUACUAGAUACUAGUGCAUCUCAAACAAUUAGAAUAUCAUUGAAAAGUUACCUUAUUUCAGUGAUUCAGUUCAAAAUAUGAAACUCAUAUAUUAUAUAGAUGUAUUACACACAGAGUGAUCUAUUUUAACUUUUAUGGAGGUGCAGAUUUCAUUUUCUAGCAGGAUUUGGCACACUGCCCACACUGCCAAAAGUACCAAUUGGUCUUAUAUAAUAAUCUAAUCUUCUGAGACAGAUUUUUGAGUUUUUAUUGGCUGUAAACCAUAAUAAUGAACAAUAAUCAUCAACAAUAAAAUAAAUAAAGACAUAAAAUAGAUCAAUAGAAUAGAUGUGUGUAAAACAUCUAUAUAAUAUAUGAGUUUCACAUUUAUUUUGAACUAAAUUACUGCAAUAAAGUAAUUUUUUUAAUGAAAUUCUAAUAUUUUUUUUAGAUGAGCAAGCAUAAACAACAAGAUAUCUAUCAGAAAUAAAUACUAAAUUAUUUUAUAAUAAAACAAAUGAACCAACAAAUGUGCUAAGUAAAAUGGAGAAAUAUUAUUUAAAAAUUUAAACAUUAUUUUAUACAGGCUUUUGUACAGAAAGGAGUGUUGCAUAUAAUAUAUUUCACUGAAGCUCAUAGUCGCACAAAUGUUCAGGUCAGGGAGCGAGCCUGGCGUCAAUAAAUGAAAGAAGGAGGGUGAUCUUAAUACUAAUGCAUUCAAAAUUCUAAACUCUUUUUUAUGUUGGAAUUCUAGUUUGUAAUAAGUUUGAAAACUAUGAAAAAAUACUAAAAAAAAAAAGAAACGUAUUUUAGUAGUUUACAGUUUUUGUAUUAGUGGUCUCAGACCAUUAAACCUUAGACCUUUAAACCUGUUUGUCUUUAACUUUUCAGACCAUUAGGUUGAACUUUUAUCUGAUAAAAAAAAAAAAAAAAAAAAAAAGUUUUUGUAAGUUAUUAUUUGGCUAAUUAUUUUCUGCUUAUCAGAACAAAAGCACUGAAUAUUUAUUAAUAACAGUAAAACAUUUUGUAAGCUUUAUUUAUUGCAUAUUUAUAUACAGCAUAUUUAUUGUAUUUUAAUACAGAGUAUGUUUUAAACAUUUAUAGCAGAAACUUGUUUCUAUUUUAUGGUUUGAGGAUGUUAUUAUUGUUAUUUUUAUUAUGGCUUUGAUACGUGUAGCAACAGAGUUAACUGACUGAGCUGUGAGAUGGAUGAUUUUCAGUUUGGGUAUUGUGUGUGUGUUUUUUUUUUUACUUUAUUUAAACUUAAUUUCAAGUCAUUUGGAUGUUGAUUUUACAUAUGGAAUCACAUAUAAGGAUGGAAAAUAAAUGUUUUUUCAUAUCUCACA